AUGGCAGUAGUCGUAGAACAAACGAUACCUUUCAACAAAGACACAUUAGAUCUCGAGAAUGCGGCGCGGUGGAAUGAGCUGUUUCCGCUCAUACGCCCGACUGUCAAAUCUAUACAGACGGCGAAAGGGCAGAACAUUCUAGUGGACAUGGCCAAAGCAAAGGGAAAGCGCUAUCUACACAUAGUCGCUGCUGGCAGCGUGGGUAACUUCUCUUCGAAGCUGUUGGACGACAAGCAUGUCACUGCGAUCAUCACGGAGAAGUCAGGCGCUGGCAUCUUGACUGCGCAAGAUCUGCCUCAUGCCCUAACAACCGCGGGAAUCGAUGUUGGGCAUGGUCUUGUGAUGGUUCGUGCUGGUAAGGAGAGGAAGAUCAACAUGCACAGUCCGGAUGUGAUUGAAGUCGAGAUGGCAGGGGAGCUGGAGCAAGAUCAUGUUCUACAUCUGUUGGGUACCGCUACUGGAGGCACGAGGGCGAAUCCGCAUAAUCUGGCAGAGCUGCUGAAGGUCUUCGUGAAGAAUGCGAGUACGGCACAUUCGAAGUUUCACACGGCGAAAGUGGAGGACAGACCUGCGGUACUGCAUAUCGAGGGAGCUGAUGAUUACGAGCAGGCAAAGCAUGCUGUGCAGCGGGAUUUGAAGUAUGCGAUGCGGGCACAUGCGGCGCAAGAGGAGGACGUGGUGUACUCCGUGCAUUUCUCAGAUGUGAAUGGACUGAGUAGGCUGGAGAACUACAUUAUAGCUGGGGAGAUUGCAGAGUUCCUCGACACCCAAAAUGUCAAAUACGCUCUCUCCCACUCCACCAUCCUCAACCACACCGAACUAGCUCGUGGCUUUUCUAUCGCAAUCUGCCCAAUACCCGUCCACUUUCUCGAGCCUUCAGCAAAGCCCAAGCCGCACGAACCCACUGGCGCCACAUCCUCGUCCGCCGCACCAUCAACCAGAACUCUCUCCUCCUCGAAACCCAAGAUCUCCUUCAACGACACCUCAAUCCGCCAUCGCGUCAAAUCCGCCUGCAACGCAGUCAUCAGCGAAGAACCCACAAUAACCAAAUACGACGAAAUCGUCGGCGAUGGCGACUGCGGCUACACCCUCCGCGAUGGCGCCAAGAAAGUCCUAUCCUUCAUCGCCGACAAAGACCUGACUAACCUUCCCUCUGUCGUCGCCGAUCUCGUGUCUCAACUUGAAAUCGAGAUGGGCGGGACCUCCGGUGCACUUUAUUGUAUCUACCUCACCGCGCUCGCGAACGCUCUCGCCACAGAGGAGAGCAUAGCGGGUGCGGCGAAGGCGGCGUUGGGGGAGCUGUGUAAGUAUACGAAUGCGAGAGUGGGUGAUCGGACUAUGAUGGAUGCGUUGAUGCCUUUUGUGGAGACGCUGGAGGGGAGUGGGGAUGUGAAGAGGGCGAUCGAGGAGGCGAGGAAGGGAGUUGAUGGAACGGAGACGAUGACGGCAAGUUUGGGGAGGAGCACGUAUCUGGAUGAUGAGGCAAUUAGGGGUGUGCCGGAUCCGGGGGCUUAUGGAUUGUUGGUGCUGUUGGAGGGGUUGGGGAAUGUGAACUGA